CAAACAUGGCGGGCUUCAGCCCGACCUUCCAGAAAACCCGGCUUUCUUCCCCUUGAGCCCGGCCAGUCUUUGGGGUCCUUUCUAACCUUCCUUACCCCUCGGCGACUCCGAGAGGGUCAGCACCUGGAAGCGUGACAGCGGACCUGCUUCCCGCCCCCAUUCGAGGGCCCGCCCACCAGCCCGCGCCAGCCAGUCGCGGGCCGCGCUGCGGCGGCUGGCAGCGCCGGCCGGGCCCGCCCCCCAGCCUCGCUGUGGCCUGCGGCUCCCGGGCCGGUAGCGCCGCUCUUGGUCGCGCUGACUCGUAGUGUGGAACCGCGGGUCACGGGUGCUCUUCUCCGGCCACAGAUUAGCCAAGCGCCGCCGAGGCCGUCGGCCCCGAGCCUCCGCCAUGGACUUCGAGGACGAUUAUACACACUCUGCUUGCAGAAAUACUUAUCAGAGCUUUAAUGGAAUGGAUCGUGAUUAUGGCCCUGGAUCUUACGGAGGGAUGGAUCGUGACUAUGGCCAUGGAUCCUAUGGGGGUCAAAGAUCCAUGGACUCCUACCUAAACCAGUCAUAUGGCAUGGACAAUCACAGUGGUGGUGGUGGGGGUAGCAGGUUUGGACCUUAUGAGUCUUACGACUCCAGGUCUUCUCUGGGUGGGCGAGAUCUGUACAGAUCUGGCUAUGGUUUUAAUGAACCCGAACAAAGCCGCUUCGGAGGUAGUUAUGGUGGUCGAUUUGAGAGCUCCUACCGGAAUAGCCUUGACUCUUUCGGAGGUAGAAACCAGGGCGGGUCUAGCUGGGAAGCACCUUACUCCCGUUCAAAAUUGAGGCCUGGGUUUAUGGAGGACAGAGGAAGAGAGAAUUACUCUUCCUACAGCAGUUUUUCUUCACCCCAUAUGAAGCCUGCACCUGUAGGCUCUCGGGGGAGAGGAACGCCUGCUUAUCCUGAAAGUACGUUUGGAAGCAGAAACUAUGAUGCUUUUGGAGGACCAUCAACAGGCAGAGGCCGAGGCCGAGGACAUAUGAGUGAUUUUGGAAGCAUUCAUAGACCUGGAAUUGUUGUUGACUAUCAAAACAAACCCACCAAUGUGACAGUUGCUGCUGCAAGAGGAAUAAAGAGAAAAAUGAUGCAACCAUUUAAUAAGCCUGGUGGAACCUUUAUCAAGAAACCCAAGCUAGCAAAACCUGUGGAGAAGAUGAGCCUCAGCAAAUCACCCACAAAAACUGAUCCUAAAAAUGAAGAAGAAGAAAAGCGGCGAAUUGAAGCUCGGCGAGAGAAACAAAGACGCAGAAGAGAAAAAAACAGUGAGAAGUACGGAGAUGGAUACAGAAUGGCAUUCACAUGUUCAUUUUGUAAAUUUCGAACAUUUGAAGAAAAAGAUAUUGAACUUCAUCUGGAAAGUCCUUCACACCAGGAAACAUUAGAUCAUAUUCAAAAACAAACCAAAUUUGAUAAAGUAGUUAUGGAGUUUUUGCAUGAAUGUAUGGUAAAUAAAUUUAAGAAAACAUCUAUUCGUAAGCAACAGACAAAUAAUCAAACAGAGGCGGUCAAAAUAGUAGAAAAGGAUGUUAUGGAAGGUGUUACUGCAGAUGAUCACAUGAUGAAAGUAGAGACUGUUCACUGCAGUGCUUGCAGUGUGUAUAUCCCUGCUUUACAUAGUUCAGUUCAGCAGCACUUAAAAUCUCCUGAUCAUAUCAAAGGAAAGCAGGCUUAUAAGGAACAAAUAAAAAGAGAGAGUGUCUUGACUGCUACAAGCAUUUUAAAUAAUCCAAUAGUGAAAGCACGAUACGAACGUUUUAUUAAGGGUGAGAAUCCCUUUGAAAUUCAAGAUCAUUCUCAAGAUCAACAAAUAGAAGGAGAUGAGGAGGAAGAGGAAAAGAUUGACGAACCUGUGGAAGAAGAGGAGGAAGAGGAGGAAGAAGAGGAGGAAGUGGGGGAGGUGGAGGAAGUGGAGGAAGUGGGGGAAGGUGGAGGCGUAGAGGGAGUGGGGGACACCGAGGAAGGAGGGGACAUAGAAGGAGAGGGGUGUGUGGGGGCCGAGGGGGAAGGAGAGGGAGAGGGGGAGGGAGUAGGGGAAGGAGAGGGAGAAGAAGCAAAGGAAGAGCCUGUCAGCUUUUCUGUUGACCAAGCAGAAGAAAAUUAAAUAUAAGGUAUUAGUUUUAAAAGAAGCUUUAAAUUUUUGUCCCAAUGUGGAAAAGGGUAAGAAUUUCAGUAGUUUAAAAUACGAGAGUUAACACCCAUGUUGCAUGCAUUCCACGCGUUAACAAUUUGUUUUAUAUAAUUUCUAAAUGUUUGGCAUUUGUUUACUAAAAUGAAGGUAAGACUAUUUUAGUUUAGUUUUUAUAGCUAUCUAACUUAGUUUCGAGAAAUUGUUUGUAUAAUUUUUAAGCUUAAUUUUUAUUCCUUUAUUGGUGUUGAGGAUAACAGAUGUGUAUUGUUAGUAUGUCUGUUCUAAUCAUUUGAACUUAAAUGCUGCUCUUGGGAGUAUAUAUUCAAGUGUGCAUUAAUGUUUUGAAUACUUACCCUAGAAGAGAUAAGUUGGGCAAGUAUUUUGUGCUCUGUGUAUUUUUUUACCGCAUUGGACACUGAAUAUAGUAAUUUGCGUUAAGAUACGCUUAAAGGCUUUUUGUGACCAUGUUUCCCUUUGUAGCAAUAAAAUGUUUUUUACAAAAUUUCUCUCCCUGGACUAGCAAUUUAAAAUGAAACAGAAUUAAUUGAUCAAAUGACUAUAUAAAAUUGGAAUUUGCCUUAAUAUAUGAGUUCAUCUUGGUAUAUGAGUGUUUUAAGAUAAUUAAAUUGACUUGAAUUAAAGAAAAAAAUUAUUUCACAUUUUUUAAAGUAUGAUUAAAAUAUUUUUAAACAUAUUUCAAAUAGAGAUCAGCCUGUAACUGACCUGUUUAUACUUGUUUUAAUUCACUCAUUUUCUCUGUACCUGUGUCAGAUCUUGAAAUCUUCUUGGAAAUACAUUUGAAUACAAAUAA